AUGAGCCCUUUCCUGCUGCUGGCCCUCCUGGGCAUCACCGUGCCCGGAAUGCAGGCCCUGACCUGCUACUGGGCGACACUGAUGUCUGUGAAGAAUGCAUCGGAACUGCCCCUCCAGUGGACGGCUAGCCAGAAGCACUGUGAGGAAGGCUGGAGCUGCCAGGAGGUUCUGAUGCUGAUGGAGAACGGACCCUACGUGUACAUGGUGCUCAUCAAGGGCUGCACCCAGGCAGCUGAUCACGAGGACCUCAUCACCCAGCACAGGGCAGGCCCCGGCCUGUCCAUCGCCUCCUACACCCGGGUGUGCCGGGAGGACUUGUGCAACCACCUGUUCACCAGCCUCCCUCUCUGGGCCCCGCACCCACCCACAGCCCUGGGGUCUGUGCGGUGUCCAGUCUGCUUGUCUGCCCAAAGCUGCCGGUCUGCAGCAGAGCUGACCUGCCCCGCCGAGAGCACGCACUGCUACAGUGGGCACCUUCUGCUCCGUGCUGGUGAGCCGGACCGAGAUCUGAGGAACCGCUCCACCCAUCUGAGAGUCCAGGGGUGCAUGUCCCAAGCAGGCUGCAACCUGCUUAAUGGGACUCAGGAAAUCGGGCCCAUCAGUCUGCAGGAGACCUGUGAUUCUGAAGCUAUGCUCACCUGUCAUCGGGGGAACAUGCUUCGGAUUUCUCAAGACCUGGCUCAGAAACCCGUCACGUGGUCCACGAAUACGAAGCAGCUGUGUAAUCGUGGGGAGGUGUGUCAGGAGACGCUUCUGCUCAUAGAUGUAGGACCCAGAUCGCUCCUGGUGGGGAGCAAAGGCUGCAGCAAGGCCAGGACACAGGAUUCCCAGGCUAUCUCCAUACACUCGGGGCCACCCGGAGUGCUCGUCGCCUCCUUUGCCCGGUUCUGCACUUCCGACAGGUGCAACUCGGCUGCCAGCAGCAGUGUCCUGUUGAACUCCCUCCCUCGUCCAGCUGUCCCUGCACCAGGAGACCUGCAAUGUCCCACCUGUCUGUCCGUCUUUGGAUCCUGCACACAAAACUCUGAUACUGUGAUGUGUCCUAAGGGCACCAGUCACUGUUACCAGGGUCACAUUGCUCUCAGGGGAGGUGGGCUGAGCUCCCCAGUGGGCAUCCAGGGCUGCAUGGCCCAACCUUCCAGCUCCUUAUUGAACGGUACCCAGAAUAUUGGGGUCUUUUCUGUGAUUGAGGACUGUGAUGAGGUUAUGGUGCCAGAUAGAGCUGCCCCUACCCUAGUGCCAGAUGGAGCUGCCCCUGCCCCCUACCUGGCUUGGGUGGCAGGGCUGGGACUAUCCCUAGCCCUUUGGUGUGGGGCACCCUCCCUGCUGACCCCAUUUCCCCAUGAUUCUUAG